GUAAUUGAAAGAAAACAUGAAAAUCUGCAUUAUUUUCUAGACAACCCAAUACAAUAUUGGUGGUGAUAUCUAGGAAUAUACGUGAACCAAAAGCUAAUGUGGGAAACACUUAUUUAAAACAUUGUCACACUUGGCAACAAAGCCGGUAAAAUCAUCCACAUUAAACGACUCAUUUACAUAAUGAUCAUAGGGCCUAUGGUUGCGCUGUAUCUGAUUCAAAAAUUAAAAAGGUACAAACAUUCAGAACCGUAUCCCCUGUUAAUAACAAAUGCUAUAGCAUGCUCGGAACCAAACUAUCCACAAAGAGUUGGACAUCCUUAACGUUAAUACGGUGAUCAGCCUACAGUUGACACCACAGAUCCAUCAUGCCACAUCCCAAUUAACUGAUGUAAGAAAUUGCCCAGAGCCAACCAACUCCAAGAUCACAAAGAUGACUUAAAUGGAAGAGACACUUCAACCUUGUACCAUCCUAAACUCAUAGCUAUUAAUGUUAAAUAAUUAAUUAACAUAAGCUAUUGUUACCAAAUUUAUUAUUAAUUUGUUUAAGUGAGGAAUGAGGGCAUGUAAUGUUCAUUAGCUCAAUAAAGUUUAAAAAGAUGAAGAAAAAAAAAUAGUUGAAGGUUGAGAUGGCAGUAUAACUCUAUCAAUCAGUUUUAUGAUUAGAUUUGCUUAAAUUUAAUACAACCAAAUUAUCCAAUUAUUGCAUAAACUUCAUUUAUUGUUGCGUGUAUGUUGUAUGUAAAUGCAAAGUAGAUUAAAGUAAGUUUGUUGAGGAUAACCCUGAAUGUAUAUUCCUUUGAGUUUGAACAGGAUCAGUCAAGAGUGAGAUGGAGAAGAAAUCCAUUUCUCUUCAUAUCCUGACGUUUUAAUUCUAUAAUGACUUGAAUUUAUUAUUAUUUUUAUGUAGUGUGGCUGAGAUAAAAAAUUGGUGUCACGAGCAGAAUAUGAUCCCACGACAUGUGGAUCAGUAUCGGUCCUCUACCAUUUGAACUAUCAUGAUUUCAGCUGGCAAGGCACCACCAACUCUUCAUCUUUAUCUCAACUUUACAUUCUCCCUCUUUUUGCCAAUAUUCAAAUAUCGUGUAAUCAUUUGUAGAGUUUUAAUAAUUUUCCAGCAAUCUUGCUAUGUCAUCGGAUACUGUUUUUUUAUUUAGUCAAUUUAUGUUUGAUUAAGUUCUAAGUGCUUUGACACUCCUACUUUAUCUAAAUAUACAUGUCAAGAUAAGAAAAUUGUAUCAUGAGAUCCUCUUGAAUUUUAAGAAUGCCAGGAUGAAAAACAAUUUGGCAUGUCUUGUCAAGCUUAUCAAAAUAAUGUGUGGAGUGGUUUUUACGUAAAACCUAGCCUUCAUUAUGCAAAGCAUAAUUUUAAUCCUUCGUUGAACGAGUAUCCACCCUCAGAACUUGAAAAAAUGAAAGGAGAUGCCAUUGGUAGCACACUUUACAGUGAAUGCUGGGUUUUAAGGAUGCUCAUCAAAAUCACAGAAUUUACAGAAGAACAAUGGUGUGAUGAAUUUGAAUCUGACCUCUGUGCAUUAUGGGACAUGACAUUGGAGAAGGAUGUCAUCGAUCUCCUUAUGAAGCAUGAAGUGCUUUCUAUAAUCACUAAUGCUCUCUGCGGCGAGAGAAAUGAAAGAUUCACUGAAAUAUUACUUGGGAUUGUCGCCAAUAUGUGCUGUGAUAAGAACGUGCGACAAGUCUUGUCUGAGAAAGUGGAGACAGUAGCCAUUUUGACAGCACUUUUAGACGAGUCGGACCCACCGAUUCUCAUCCAGCUCAUUCGGGUCAUGCACGCCGUGGCUUGGGACAUUGUGCAGGAAAGUGAUUUUUCACCCAAAUGGCUUGAAGAUGCUAUUACAAACUCCCUCCUCGCGCCGUAUUUCUCAUUCAUUUUGAAAAGCUCGACCAAUGAAGACCUAUUGACUUGUGUUUUGGAAUUUCUCAACACGAUCUGCACAAUUGAAAUUAGUGAUAAAGAUUUCAGCCAGUACUUCGCCACAUCAGAAAUGAUCUCUGGUAUGAUUGAUGCUUGGCAACAGCUCUUAGGAUGCUGGACCUACGAGGAGGGAUUUCCGAAUAAACAGCUUGAAAAAACAGCGGCACACUGGUGUGGGAUACUCUUGUCUUUUUCAGGUCACGAGAGUGGUAAAGCAAUUUUGAGUGAAUAUAGUGACCAAAUAGGAUGUGUUUGUUUUAAAAUAAUGAAUAGACCUCAUGAGAAUUUAGACGGCAUCUCGAUAAUAUCUGUCAAUUUAUUGGAUAGUUUGCUUCCAUCAUACUUUAAUGGCAAUUUACUAAAAAUACUUUUACUUGUAUUAAAUCUACUUUACCAAAGUCAAGGUGAAGUCUCCGAGUUGAAUGGUGAAAACUUAGAACCAAUUUUACAAGAUACAAUCGAAAAUUAUUGUGCCAAUGUCAGCAUAUCAGUCGACAGGGAGAUUUUGAACUCCCUUUUGUCUGAAUGUAGCGAAAACCAUGUUCUUCUCUUUUGGAAAGCAGUCAGUGAAAGAAAAAUUGAUGAUAUGGGAGAACGUGCUAUUUAGUCUGAAGUGCCUAUGAGUUUAAACCUCAUUAGAGAAUUCACUUCUGUUGCUGAGCAAGAGCCAGUUUAUUGUAAUGUAUUAUAGAAACGAUUAAUCAAAAAAAAUUUAGGCAGUACAUAGCUAAUUUUGGCCGGUCAUUGUCAUUUGUAAGACAAAUAAAAAAUAAUAUUAAUAAAAAUCAAGGAUAAUAAUAGGUGUGUCGCUCUAUGUACUCGAGAUGAGAUUCAAGCACUCACGAUUAAAUAAACAAAUCUCACAAUUGGUGUACGACUUACACCGCGACUCUUUUUCAAUUGCUCGCAAUUUGUGAUUAUGUG